AUGUCCCGAAAGGUCAACAGAUUCGUCAUUCAGUCCGCCAUCUUCAUUGGUGUCCUCCUGCUCAUUCUGUACAUAAAUCGUCCACAGGCUGCAACAAACAAGCUCUUGGCAUGGACAGAAAUUCGAUACAAACCCAAAACUGCGGAUCAUUCAGCGUCGCGCGGCGUAUGUCCGAGGUUGGCCGGUAGUAGGAAACCGGCCUUAGUGGUGGCUCGGGUAGCAGCAGACGGCGACGCAUCAUGGAUCGAUUCGCUAUCCAAGAAAUAUCAUCCCUGUGUCUACACUGUAGAUGCACCGAUGGACCCUGCGUCAAAGUAUCUGCAAGUUCCCCGCAAUCGGGGCCAUGAGGCAAUGGUCUACCUGACUUUUAUCAUCGACAAUUACUAUCACAUCCCAGAAGCUGGAGUAGUCUUUGUGCACGGCUCACGCUGGGCCUGGCAUAACGAUGAGCCUACAUAUGACAACGCUGCUCUGCUCAAAGCGCUGGAUGUUCAUGCCGCCCUUGAGCCAUGGGGUUACCACAAUCUACGCUGCGACUGGAGGGUGAGCACCUGCCCUCCGUCUGCAAAGCCACAAGGAAGCAUGGAGACAUCAGUGCAGGCCAUGAUCAGUCCCUGGGAUGCACGAGCGGUAUCUGAUUCAUUGCUACCGGGGGCUUUUGAAAAUAUUUUUGGAAAAGUGCAGUCUGCUGACAGUAAGCUUGGAAAGCAUCAGACCGUUCGCUCGCAAUGUUGUGCGCAGUUCAUUGUCGGUCGGGUGAAUAUUCUUCAGCAUACGAUUCAAGAGUACAUUGCAUUGCGACAAUGGCUGCUCGACGAGAGUAAUGAUGCUGCGCCGCGGGAUGAUCGUAUCUCGGGGCGUAUAUUAUCGUAUCUCUGGCAUAUACUGUUCAUUAAGAAGCAAGAGGUGGAAGAAAAUGGUGCCAUUUCUCUUGAGAAAUUGAACUCUGCAGCAUGUCCACGUGCGCCGGAUUGUUAUUGUCGGCUCUACGGGCUCUGCGAUCUUGAGAAAUGUACGGAUGGUCAUUGCUAUGGACAAUACAAGAUACCGCCAGAUUUUAAGAUUCCGGACAAUUGGGCCGCAACGCAUUCUUGA